AUGGAGGUAAACACCGAAAAGGAGCAUGCGCAGAGAUCCCGCUCGACGCCGCCCUACGCCCGUGGUAAAAGUGGCGCGGGAAAACUAACAGUUGUGGUGAUCUUACCCUCAGAGUCUGUCUGCACCAUCCGGAGUGUGCCAUUGUCGGUCACGGUGAACUGGGUCUUUUGUCACCUGGAGUUAUUGUCAGGAAUUGCUAGCGAUAUAUGCACUCUACAUUACCCAGACGGUUCCGAUGUGCGGAAAAAUGAAAACUUGAUUUUAACGCAGAAGUGUGAGAAAACUGUAGUGCUACGGUUACAACUGCGGGAUGGAUAUCACGGCCUCUGCAAGUCUGUGACAAACGAUAACUGGUCGGAUCUGGAGGAAGUGUUGAUAGACAGCGUUCGUCAAGAUGCUGAGAGUAACAGCGAUGGACUUGAGCAGGAUGGGUGGUCCUCUGACAAAUGGUUUUAUUCCCUGUUUCUUGCCAGCAGUUUGGACAGAGAUAAACUUUGUCGCCGGAUUUUAACAAAAAAUGACAUCGUAAACCGGGUAACUAAGUUCGGCCACACGGCUCUCCAUGCUGCGGUCUGCAGAGAUAGAGUGGCCGUGGUGGACAUCUUGCUGCAACAUAAAGUCAACCUGACCAUGUCCAACGCAUUAGGACAAACACCACUACAUACCGCUAUCAGUAGAUCCAGUAAGCGAUGCGCAAAGAAGCUCAGGUACGUCCUGUUCCAUGAGAGGUCCACAGAACUGUGCACCAGUCCCGAUUCUUCUCCGCCACAGCCAUCACGUGAGCCAACGCCCGCCAUGCCCAGAUCACGUGCACAAAUGCUCUUCCGCAAAUAUGGCAUCAAAGAGACGAUACCCAAGCCCUGGCAUCCCUCACAGAACGCUGCCCCCAAGUCCAAUCCACAGUCCAGGGACAAACAAGAUAUUCGCCAGGGUCUCAGCAUAAGUUUGCAAGAUACAAACGAAAAUUCCACCGUUUCCUCUCAUUCCGCCCAACCCCAGAAUAACGUCGAAACUCGCCGGGCUUCGUCCGCUAAAUUACCUGUCACACAGAAGGUUCUGCGGAUGCCCUCCCGGGGACGCUCUGCUGAACCAGAAAAAUCCUCAUAUUGGGCGAAAAUUCCUAAAGCGCGAAUUCUUCUUCAACUAUCGGGCAGAGCAAACCCAUCACUCGUCGGGUUUAAAGGCUCAUCAGACAGCGCUGCAUUUGAAAGCAAACUAAACGUAGUUGAUUUCCGGUUAGCCAACCAAUCAAAGAAGGUCCCAGGCUGUCAUGCGCCCCACCCUUCACCAGAAUCACUAUCCCCUCCAGAUCACUUGGAAUUUCGGGAAGGGUCGAAAGCUACUGAUGGUUCUCCCGAGGAAAAAAAUGGGGAGCGUCAGCUUGGAGUGGAAGAAUCGGAAAAGCCCGGCAAAUAUGACAGACAACAGUCAUCCUCUAGCAUCAGAUCUCGGGCUGAAGGCGACAGAAUGUCACCAAAACCACCCAACAGGGUAAAAUGGUUGUCAAUAAAACGAAAACUACGACUAGCAUAUCUACAAUCAAGAGCACAAAGAACGAAAACUGGCUUAAAUGAAGCCGCGUUUAAAGCUUGGAUGGAGAGAAAAGCGAAAGAAACGCGUUCUUCUAAGGUUAGUCAUACUGAGGAAUGCGAAACAGACUCAGAAAAUGAAAAUUCUGGUGACAAAGCUUUUCAGAAAUGGCUGCAUGACAAAAAACAUGCGCCUGAAAAUCACAGAAUUUUCCGGGGACGUUAUAACAGUGUCUUUCAUACUGGCAGUACUAUGGUUGGCGAGGCGAAGCAUCCCGAUAGCAAAGAGUACAAAGAUGCCCACAAAAACUGGUUGAAAUCUCGAGAGGGGUGGCAGUUGGACUUGCCCUCUGGAGUGUCACGGACAGAAUUUAAACAAUCAAAGGCCUAUAAAUGCAUGGAAGCUCAAAGACGGAGGAUGCGGACCAGUGCAGUGACGUAUGAGGAGUGGAUGGACGCCAAAUACGUACGAAGUCGUUUUCUCAAAGAACUGGAAUCACUGGACACUGCUGAGCGCAAACAGGAAAUGAAUUCAAUGUUGUGAGGUAUAUUUAGGAACUCCAGUCACGUCGUUCACAGGAUGUGGACCACGGGGAUAGGGGGGAAUAAUAGUUGUGCCUUUCCUUAUAGCUCGUACAUUGCCUAUACACCGUUUCCGCGCAUUUACACCAUUUGUUAUUGAUUUCGAAAUGAUUUGGGAAAACUUCGAGUAAACAAGAAUGAUGUAGACCUUUCUUCUGUGUUUAAUACCACUAUCCGCU